UGUCAAACACGAUCAGUCUAUUUUGUUUUUGGUUUUUACAAGUUCUGCGCGCAGUAGAAAGUGGUGUUUAUUUGUAAAUAUUGUAAAAUUGUAAAUAUUCAUAUUUUCGUGUGUUUACCAAUUGAUUCGUGAUAAUAACGAAAGUGACAGUGUUUUAUGGGAAAACAUCGUACAAUAAGGACAUUUUUCGUUUUAUAAGGGUAGGUAGUCCGGGAUGGUGAUGGAAGCCGACCCCAUUGCUGGCAAACAUAAUGAUGAAAGAGUGCACGGCGCAUCGUUGAAGGCGCGGGCGGGUGGUGACGUCAUUUCUCCCGAGCGCUCCGUCGGCACUCUCGACCUUAACAUGUCUUUCACGGCCCCUUCAAACCUGGUGCUCACACCUGCGCCUGAAUGUCGCAAGCUCUCGCGUGGUAUCUCCCGCGCGACAGACAAUGAGGGUCUCGUGUGGGCGUUGCGCAACAAUACCGAACCAGAGCCGAACACAAUCAAUUCGGACCACAUACUGUUGCUCCCUGAUAUUACUGUAUACCCACCUGAUUUCAGAACUUUCUUGGAGAAGGACCUUCUGGAAACUGCGACUCUAGUGACUCUAGAGUCAGCGAAUAUAUUGAACUGGUGGCGCCACGGUAGAGUGCCUGGCGCCCCUCGUCUCCUGCCUCUCGCCACUUCGGGAGACGGCAACUGCUUGCCUCAUGCGGCUUCGCUCGCCGCCUAUGGAUUCCACGACAGACUCCUCGCGCUGCGGACCAAAGUUCAGGCUCUACUGUCUGGAGAGGGCGGCGAAGUACUUACGAACGCAAUAAAACGUCGAUGGCGUUGGUCGGAGAGCAUAUCGCUGCGGUCGGCGGGGCUGACGCCGUCGGAGGGGGAGUGGGAGCGCGAGUGGGCGCAGUGCGUGUCGGCCGCGUCGCCGGAGCCGGCGCGCGCCGCGCCCGCCGCCGCGCCGCACUACGCCGCGCUCGAACACCUCCACGUCUUCGCGCUCGCACACGUCAUGCGGAGGCCCGUCAUCGUCUUCGCUGAUGUCGCACUAAGGGAUUUCCGAGGUGACCCAAUAGCUCCAAUCCCAUUCGGUGGGGUGUAUCUUCCCUUGGAGUUAUCUCCGGAAGUUUGCAGUAAGACGCCCAUACUGCUGGCGUAUGACGCGGGACAUUUCUCCGCACUCGUACCCUGCGAACCAUUACCGUCAGAUGGCGCUCGUGUGCCCUUAGAGGAUAGUGCUGGAAAUCCUAUGCCUAUAAGAUUCAACGUAGAUCCUGGUGAAGAUUUCCCCUGGGAUGUGGAGCCUGAUCAAAAGACGAUAAACAACAUCCUCCCUGACGAGUACCAGCGCUCAGCCAUGUUGGCAGCGUACCUCGACCUUGAGAGAAUCGAGUGCAUCUCCCUGAACCAACCUCCUGAAGAACUGCGAAGAUCCUUGGACGCCCUGUCCACCAAAAGUUCAAAGCAGUUGAACUCUGUCGCCAAACAAUUUGGAAGUAUUGGUAGGUCAAUGAGCAGUAAGCUGAAGAAGAACUUUGGUUCCAUGGCGAAGUUGGCGGGUAAAAGUAGUGGAAGUCAUAGUAACCCUGAGGAGACUUUGAUGACGAGGCAGUCCACCUGCGAGGUUUUAUGCUGCAGGGUGUUGGCGGCCAGGGCUCCAGUGCAGGAGGAGAUGGUCAAGAAUUACCUUAACGAGGCUUGGAUCGGAUACACAGCCGAGAAGAAUCGCAAAGAACCAGUAGGUCCCAGCCAACCGCGCUACGGUACGGGACGGUCCCAGUUCUACGCGGAAGCAGAACGGCCGAGUACAACAGCGACAUCUUCAUCGUCAUCGUCAUCGGAGCAACCGCGCGCUGUUGCCAGCUCGCAGGGCGCGCGCGCGCCGCCAGACCGGACGCUGUACUUAAGUCGCUCCACGUUCUACGACGACCGGCCCGCCGAGCCCAAGCCCUGCAGGGCUCCGCUCUGCAUGUACUACGGCAGCCCUGCCAAUGGGGACUACUGCUCACGAUGCUCCCGGCUACAGUAAGUGUGAUAAACUCCUAGGUUAGUUUACUUAAGGGCUUAAUUCGAUUGACUGUAUACAAACUACGCUCUGACUAUUAAUUUCCAGUCAGCACACGGCCCAUACGCUGAACUAUUGCGUAUAAUUUCGUCAUUACGAUUGCUAACGACGAAAAAGUUGUGUUCCAAAUUUAAAAAAAAACAGUCAAUUUUUGACAGCUAAAAUAUAAUUUAACGCCAUCUAGUGAUUACUAAAGGUAAACGUUUUGACAUUAAAAUACACUAUUUGUUUUCAGUCUGAGUGCAGUUAAUAUACAGUCAGUCUAUCUAUAGCCUUAUUCGACUUAAAUUUUAUCUAUUAUAUUUCUGUACGGGAAGUAUUACAGAUAAACUUAGAAAUUAUUAAGAUUUUUUUUACGAAAUUUUUU